AUGAGCAAUUCCAUCGCCGAAGCGUUCAAGAAGUUGAACGUGGCCCAAAUCACUGAUGUUUCCGACUACGAACAUAUCUAUUCGGUUUCAUAUGAAUACUUGUCGAAAGUGAAAAAUUUCCACGACUUGAAGGCUUUCAAAAACUGUUUGGUGUCGCUUAUCUUUUUGGACAAGUACCACAGGGCCUUCGAGAUCAUCAAGAAGGUUCCUGAAGGCGACUACUUCUCGAAUUCGUUGGUGUUGGAAGUUGGCUAUGUGUACUAUAAGCUUGGAAAGUCUGCUGAGUUUGAGCAGUUGUUAAAGUCUGUCAAAGUUGAAAACGAGGGUAUUGCCAUCGGCUUAAAGCACAUUGCCGCACAGAACUACUAUAAACUCGGCGAUUAUGGAAAAUCGUUGCAAUUGUACAAGGAGUUGAUCGAGAGCAACAAAUACGACAAUAAGUUGGACUUGAUCAUCAAUGAGAGAUCGGUGAUUUCGCAGUUGAACUUCAACCAGAAGAACAAGGUCGAAUCGAAAUUCAACAUUGAAGAGUAUGGUGAAAACUACGAUUUAUUCUUCAACGAAGCCUUGAUCGAAUUGUCCAACAACAACUUCCACAAGUCGAUAGAGCUUUUAGAAAAGGCCGAGUCUGUCUGUUUGACACAGAACUCUGACUUUUCUAAAGAAGACUUGUUGGUUGAAUUGUUGCCCAUUAAAAUCACAUCGGCAUACAUCUACGAGAUUCUUGGUCAAUCAGACAAAAGUUUGGAAAUCUUGCACGAAAGCAACGCAGACACCAUUAACGACGCCAUGAUCAAACUCAUCAUCAAGAACAACAUCUUCUCGUUGGCCAAGGAACCCAAAGACUAUAAUUUAAUAGACAGGGAGUUGAACUAUCAAACAAAUUUGCAUAAAUUGAGCCAGAAGUUGACCAAAUUCCAGUACCAGGUCAUAUUUAAGAAUAACGUGUUGUUGCGCUAUGCAACGGGAACUUUAAGCAAAUCGCAAGUCAGUGACUCAUUUAUUGCCAAAUAUAUCCAAGACUUUCCAGGAGACUAUUUCCCUUUGGCAUACAAGUUAUUGUUGUCUCUUGACAUAAAUUUCAAAGACCUCAACGAUGAGCACAAAAACAGAAUAGUCAGUAGAAAAUUAUACAAAUACGUCAAGGCUAACUACAACGACAAGCUUUCUAACAACUUAAUCAUUGCUGUGUUGUUGUUGGUAUUUGUGAAUGAUAAGGCAGGAAACUUCGAUCAAUCAUUGACACUUUUGGAAGAGUUGGUAGACUUCAACUUAGAACAACCAAUCGUCACCCCGGCCUUGGUUGGAACACUUAUUAAAGUGUACGAAAGUCUCAACUUGACUUCCAGCUUGUCGAAGUUGUUAACCAAAUUGGUUACAAAGCUUUUGGCUACCGAAGAAAAGGUAAUGCAGGACGACGUUAACUACUACUUUUUCAUCAGGAUAAUCGGCUUCAAGGCUUUGAACCAAGGCAACCAACAGGGCGGAAUUCAACUCUUUGAGUUCCUUUCCAAGUUCAACGAAAAUGACAGUUUGAUCAAAUCGAUUUUGACAAACACUUCCAACGACUUGUUGCCUGUGGAAGAGCUAUCUUCUGCCAAGUCUGUUGAGGAGUUAUUGUCUACCAACAUAGACUCGUUGAUUCCUACCAAGGUCAAGUCAAUCUUGAAGCCCAAAGUUUCUGCUUCUAAGGUCAGUAAAAAACGUUCUAAGCCUAAAUUCUCUGCAACUAAGGUUCUCAAACCUGAAGCAGACUUGUCGCUUGACGAUGAAAGGUGGUUGCCCAUGAAGUUGAGGUCCUACUACAAGCCUACCAGAAAGGAAAAGAAGAAACUUGGUGGAGGCCAUCAAGGAGCACUUGAUCCAACACCAGCUCCAGCCCCAGUAGCCACUUCAGGUGCUUCUAGUGGUAGCAAGAACAAGAAAAAAAAGAAGGGUAAGAAGUAA